CUUUUCUUUUCCUUUUUUUUUUUUUUUGGUUUUUUCGUCUUCUCUUCUUCUUCUUCUUCUUUUACUGAAAUUUUGUGGUCUUUGGGCAUCACCAGCGACAAUUCUCGUCUCUCUGGGCUCUGCUCUAGAGAGACUUUUGAUCCACGAAGAUGCUAGUGGUAUUGCUCUUGCUGUUUUUGGCUUUGGGCAAUGCCGUUGAAAUAAACGGAGGAGAUGGGCAAUGCAAUUACACUAAGCAAACACGGCAACCAAGACCACAUAGUGUCUCCAUUUUGGAAUUUGGUGCAGUUGGAGAUGGCAAAACAUUGAACACCAUUGCCUUCCAAAAUGCAAUCUUUUACCUCAAGUCCUUUGCGGAUAAGGGUGGCGCGCAGCUUUAUGUGCCGCCCGGGAGGUGGCUUACCGGAAGUAUCAAUCUCACCAGCCACCUCACUCUCUUCUUGGAGAAAGGCGCCGUCAUCCUCGGAUCUCAGGACCCGAAUCAUUGGGAAGUUGUUGGACCUUUGCCCUCAUAUGGUAGAGGAAUUGAAGUCCCCGGCAAAAGAUACCGCAGCUUAAUAAACGGCUACCAGUUACAUGAUGUGGUGAUAACAGGUGAUAAUGGAACCAUCGACGGCCAGGGCUCGGUUUGGUGGGAUUGGUUUAGCUCCGGUUCUCUAAACUACAGCCGCCCGCAUAUUGUGGAAUUCGUCGAUUCUGAAUCUGUUGUAGUGUCAAAUCUUACAUUCUUGAAUGCUCCUGCAUAUAACAUCCAUCCAGUAUAUUGCAGUGGUGUACAUGUUCACAACAUUUCGGUCUCCACUCCUUCGGACUCCCCUUACACUAUUGGCAUAGUCCCAGAUUCUUCCUAUGAUGUGUGCAUAGAGGACUGCACGAUUAGCACGGGUUACGAUUCAAUUUCCCUCAAGAGUGGUUGGGAUGAGUAUGGCAUUGAUUAUGGCAGACCAACCAAAAACAUACAUAUCAGGCGGGUCGAUUUGCGAGCAUCGUCUGGCGCUUCUAUUGCCUUUGGUAGUGAGAUGUCUGGUGGCAUAUCCAAUGUGCUUGUGGAACAUGUCCACUUAUACAACUCACAUAGUGGUGUUGAGUUCAGAACAACGAAGGGCAGAGGUGGUUACAUCGAAAAUAUCUUGAUAUCAGAUGUUGUGAUGAAAAAUGUGUACAAGGCACUUGGUGCCUGUGGUCAGUGUGGUUCCCAUCCAGAUGACAAGUUUGAUCCAAGUGCUCUACCAGUUUUGGAUCACAUCACAAUCCAGAAUGUGUUUGGCACAAAUAUCACUAUUGCAGGGAGUUUCGUAGGCAUUAAGGAAUCUCCCUUCACUUCCAUCUGUCUAUUCAAGAUUUCUUUGUCCAUCAAUUCAGGCUCUCCCACCCCUUGGGAAUGUUCAGAUGUUUCGGGAUCUUCCGAAUCAGUCCUCCCCGAACCCUGUCCCGAACUUAAAAACUCGUACUCAAAUUCUUCCUCAGCUUGCUUUUCCUUGUCAACAUUAUAUGGAAAAGCCUCAGCUUUAUGAUACUAGCCAUUCCUUCACACAAACAGUUCUACAGCAAGGAAAAACAAAAAAGAGAAGCUUCUACCAUAUUUAUUUGUUUGUUUCUUUCUCCCUUCAUCCCUUUAGUUUCGCAUUCUUAUGGCAUGUUGCGGUCUGCAUAUUUGUACAGCUUCAUUUCUUCAUUCAUGUGUAAGGAAAUUUUUGGUAGUUGAUGGCAAAUGAGGGGGACUUGGACAUUGUUAUUUGUUAAGCAUUGCCUGUUUACAUUUAAUUGAUUAUUUUCUUUUGAAUAAACAAAUAAGGUUAGUGCAUUUUAAUAGUGCGUAAUGUUUUAUACUUUUAUCUUGUUGAUUAGUGUCAAUCAUGUCCGGUGAGGUGAAAAUGUGAAUUUUAUUUAAAAAAUAAAAAAAGUGGGGCCUUCUCACUUAUGAGAAUGAAUCAAUCAGACAAACUAGU